UCCUCGUGGAACCGCCUCGGCGAGCUUAAUUUCCGCUUGCCCAGCGAGAAGAGAAAAAAACAAAACGCGGGCAGUUCGAAAGCCUGUCAGCUCCCGAAAUAGCACCUUUGCGGGAGUCGGACAACCGAUCGUGCGCGUUGUUCUCGCAAAAGCGGCUGCGCACACGCCGCUUUCUCCACUGUUGGCCUGUGCCGUAACAAGCACUAUUUCGGGGCCCGCUUUUGCCCGGGUCGCUGAGGAAAAGACGCUGCACGCGUAAUUUCCAACGCCACUUGUUCUAUCUGGAAGCAGGGAGAGGGCGUAAUUGUUGCGUGGACCGGCGGUUUGAUCUUGCGUUACGCGAGGACUUUCCUCCAGCGGCAACGAGGUGUUUGACACUGCCCCCGUUUGUUUUGCGUCGUGUGUGCCGGAAACUACUGCGCACGACUUCUUGUGCUAGUUCUGUCCACUGGGUGUCCCUAUUGCCGAUAACCGUGCUUCCUAACGAUCCGACGCGCUGAAUGUCACGGAGACCGGAAAGCGCUAACGCGAGAUAGCGUCUGUAAAUAUGACCGAGCCCCUCCCUAAUCGGGGAGCAUGAUCGACGGCGCAGUUCAUUUCUAACACUUUACUGCCAGCGACCUUGUAGUGCGAUCUUGGCCUAAGGUAUUAGUGUGACAUUUACAGGGUGAUGCACGGCGCUGCUUGGUUGCCACGUGAGCUGUAGCAAUAAAAGAAAGUGUGGUCUGAACUGGAGAGGAGCGCAGGACCAGGACAUGAAUUGUCAUGGCGUGGACUCUCAGACACAUCCUCAAGCGCCGCAAUGUCGUCGCCGCGCUCUUCCUGUUUGGUUUCUUCUACAUGAUGUGGCAGCUGCUGUCGCUGCGCGAAGUUGACGUCAGCGUCGCCUUACGGAGGAGUCGCAGCUCCUCUGCUGCUCCGGCUGUUAGUUCCAGUACGUCAAGGUCGGGAGUGGCACCGCUCGCGCAGGUGGAGUUUCCUGCUCACGGAGUUCGCGGUGUGUCGCCACAUGACGCCAUGCGCUACGUGCCUGGAAAGACCUUUAAGUGCCUACGCAGUUCAGGUGUGAUCAGCUACGACCAGGUGAACGACGACUACUGCGACUGCAAGGACGGCUCGGACGAACCAGGCACAAGUGCCUGUCCCAAUGGAAGGUUCUACUGCCAGCGGCACAAUGCACACAGUCCCAAGUAUGUUCUUUCCAUGCGUGUCAAUGAUGGCAUCUGUGAUUGCUGUGAUGGCAGUGACGAGUGGAAUGGUGCCGUCCUCCUGUCCGGCCUGCAGCUGUCUGACGAGCAGCAAGCUCGGGCGGGCGUGUUCCAAGCACCGUGCAAGAUCCGCUGCUGAUUGUGGCCAGGCCUGCCACAAAUUCAAGCCUGCCGUUGUCUUCCACCAUGAUGGCCUCUGUGUGCCAUGGUCACUGCGACAGGGAUAGUGUGCCACAGCGUAGUGGGGCCUGCAAGCUAGUCGAUUGUGUGUGUCACGUUUGAGAGUAAGCACAAUACUUGAUGCACAUGCAUAAAUAAGAAACAAGAUGCAUUGGCGACGCAUUUUCCACAAUUGCCAGUGGAAAAAAAAAAGGUGUAGACAGUCAAUUUGCCUAGUUGCAGCAAGAAGCUUUUCUUCGGGGCCUCUCAUGGCCAUUGCAAGAUUGGCAGCUUGUUUCUGCUCAAGAAAGCGCUUGGCAGAGUGCCCAUGAUAGAGCCAACUAGCACUAGUGGAUUACACACCUAUUUGGAGUAAUUAAGGCUAUGUUAAAAGUAAGAUGCAACACAACUGAUAUCCUUUGUUACAUGCUAGGUGAAAUGUGAAAACAGCAACAGCUCAAAGCUGUGUGUGGUACACAGCCAGUCUUUCAUUGUUACAUUUUUUUUUUCUUUUUGCCUGCUGAUGGCAUAUUUGCAGCACUGCCUGCAACACUCACUUAUUGUUCCUACCCUUUCUUAUCACUUGCACUGAGUGAAUCUUUUUUUUUUGUGUGUAGAAGAGUUGUCACAGAUAACCUAUGCAACAUUCUUACCUAUGCAUAAUUUUUGCCCUUUCUUUGCACUUUCUUUGCAUUUUCUUUGCACUCUGUGCUGGUUGGCUCUUGGUCGAUAGUGUCUCCUUAUUUAUGCAUGUGCUGAAUGAUUCAGAGUGGAUGCGAAUGGCUUGUUUGCUGGACCGGAGUGUGUCAGAACCAAAAUUGAGUGAGAGUGGCUGAGCAAUGUCGGGAUUACCCAUUUUAAGGGUGACUUCACUUUUGACCUCUUUUUUUUUUUUUUACUUGGUAGCUGCUUACUUGCCCAGCAGGUUAAUUUCAAACGAGGCUUCCAGCUGGAUAGUUUCACACAAAGCUUCCAUUUGUUGGGUAUAACCCAGCUGCAAGGAGAAUUCAUCCAGGCAGCACCUAAUUGUGCAGACAGUGGUGCAUUGCAGAUUCUUUCCAUUGGUUACAGGUUGCUGACCUUGUGAUCAAGUGUCUCAUUUAAAACAAAUCCACUAACAGCUGUUAAAGAUGUCUCGGGUUCACCUCAGGAUCCGUACAAAAUUUCUUGUCAGUGCCACCUUUGUAAAAGGUGGUGAACAAGGAAUUCAUGCCAACUCGAAAGUGUUAAUCUUGUUGCUUUGGCCUUGCUUAGUGACGACGUACUGUAGUGGUAUUAGCAACUUAGUCCUGAAGUGGUGACUUGGGAGGGAAUAGGGUGGCUGGGAUGUGCCGAAAGUGAGAACAUGUAGGGGUUGGCGUUGCUGCGGGGCACUCAGAAACACAAGCUGAGUGAGAUGGGAGUGAGACAUACAGUACCCAUGUUAGAGUAGAAAGGCAAGUGCUGUGAAGCAGCGUGAUGCAGCAGCACGUAGCAAAAGUGCUCCCUUCCUUUCACGACGAGAAAGCAAGAAAGGUUUCCAGCGGAAAGCACUGACAGGGAGGGACGGGAAAUCGAGAUGGGAAGACAACACACAACAGCGGUGCAUCGUGUGUUGUCUUUCUUUCUGUCCAUGUCACAGCUUUCUGCUGGAAACCUUACGUGCUAUGUGCAACCAAAUGAGUUAAUCAGGCAAACAUUAGUAUUCUCAUGUUCCUUUCAUUGGCGAGGAAAAAGAAUGCUUGCAGAAGCGGUGGGGAGCUUCAAUUUCUCACUUCUGGCACUUCUAUCAGCAGUCAAUUUUGCUCUCAAUUUAAAUGACGUUCUUCUCUGUAAACUGAUCAUCUCUCACUGUGGUGGCAUAAUGAUGGGACUGGGGCUCCGUCCAGACUUGGCAUUUCCCUGUCUAUUGAACAAGGGAUGCAUGCUCUGCCUUUCAGUAAAAAGCAGCCCAUCAGCCCAUGGACGUGCGAGAAGGCGGAGGUAAUGCUGACAGAUUUUUCUCCCUCAAGCAAAAGCUGUGGCGCAUGCUACAAUGGGAAAUGGUGAAACAGUGUGCAUGACAUGUCUCGAAUGGCUGCACGUUACGUCCUCACACUUAAGUUCCCUUGCUCACGGUUCUUUUGAUUAAAAAAAAAAAACAUAGUCAUUAAAUAUCGAAAAAGUUUUCUUUAUGUGUAUAUAAAUCACUAUCUCUUGUUGAAAUUUUUUAUAUGUCCAGUAUCAGAACAUAUGAAAUUUUUAAAUGAUCAUUGCAACUGGUGGAAGUGAGAAAAAAAGAAAAAGAAACAGGCUUGUACAUAUCUUGCGCGCAAGUUGGGCUGAGUGCGAAUUCUGCUUGAAUUACGAGACUGGUACUUGCAUUUCGAGGCUUGCUUUGUCUUCUUAUAUUGACUGUGUGCAUCUCAAUGUGCCUGGUACUGGUAUUUGUAUACUUACGUGGUCUCAUGCAGGGUUUCCUUGUACCUUUCAAGUUUCCUUUAUGGUAGAAGAUGCAAUACCAUAUUGGGAAAUGAUACUCUAACCCCACAUGUCAGCAUUUCCUUGUGAUAGCACUGCAUGAACGACUCACAAAGUGGACCAAAUAGUCUGUGCAUCAGAAAGACAGAGGGCUGCAUACCUGUGGGGUGAUCUAACUUGAACCUCCAAGUUUCAGGAGUUUCUGUCGGUGUAUGGAAGCAGCUGUGUGUCAAAGUAGACACACAGCUCAACAAAGUAGGCAUGUUGCAAUGGCGCUACGUUUCUUUUUGUAUGGAUUCUAUCGAUGUCUGAUCAUGUCCUCGACUGCACAGUCUUAACAGUCAUUUCACUACAUUUAGUCAUGCUACUUUGUGCUAGUUACUCACUAUGGGUUAUUGGCCCUCAUCGUCUUUCCACCAGUUAUUUGGGGGGGGCUGACGCACUCUCGAGCUAUUGGUACCAAUUCUGAUUUUAGUUUCCCAGUCAUCGAAAUGCUUCUUUUCUUUUUGUACUUGUUAGGGCUCAGUAUUGUCUGGUUGCACGGUUGGGCACAUUUUAGAAAUCCUCAUUUUAUAUACUUACCAGGCUGGUGGGAAUAUUUCAGUACCUGUGAUUGUAUAUAAUGAUACCUCAUAUUGUUUCACAAGCGCUGUGUGGACAACUUCCGGUAACGUCACCAAAUUAAGCGCUGGUAUUGAAUGACUGUGUGUGCACUGUGAAGUAAAUGCCUGACAAUAAAGUUACCUGCCUGUCUC